AAUUUGUUGACGUUUAACAACAAACAUGGAGGGUGUGUUGUCGAAGUGGACGAAUUACAUAUCAGGUUGGCAGCCUCGCUGGUUUAUAUUAGAUAAUGGGGUGUUAUCUUACUACAAGUCCCAGGAAGAUGUCAACAAUGGCUGCAAGGGAUCUAUCAAGAUGGCUGUUUGUGAUAUUGUUGUUCACCCAACAGACAUGACACGCUUAGAUCUGAUCAUUCCUGGAGAACAACAUUAUUAUGUUAAAGCCAGUACACCUCAAGACAGACAAUCUUGGCUGAUAGCUCUAGGCAGUUCUAAAGCUUCCUUUAGUGAAGUCAGUGCUGCUAAAAAAGAUGCAGAUGGCGUUCCAGAUCAAAUGAAAACAAAAAAAUCUGAACUGCGUCUCUACUGUGAUCUGCUAAUGCAACAAGUUCAUUCUAUCAAACAGACAGUAUCAUCAGCUGAUAGUAACUUGGAUGUAGAGAAACUAACAGAAGCAACUUCAUUGAUAGGGGCAACUUGUGAUACUUUUAUUUCAACUCUCGACGACUGUAUGAAACUUGUUGCCAAUACUCCAAUGUUUGAGUCCCCUCACCAGCAUGUUCGUGAUGCUGCUAUACCAUCCUCUCCCACAAGACCCAAUGUCCAAAGAUUGCCUGGUACAAGAUCAACAAUAACAAGACCAAAUGAAAAAAUAUCCAAGCGCCAUUCAUCAGCUGAUACUAUUCGAGUUCAUUCCUCGUCAUCCCAUCAUUCUCCCCAUGAGAACUCCCCUCGCCUCUCACCUGUCCAUUCCCAGCCUGGGAGCUUUCAGGUGACCCACACAGUGCAGCCCCAGUCUAGCAGCAUCAACAACUCUAUAGAUGAGGUGGAUGAAGCCAGACCUCUUAGUAAUGGAACCACAGACCAUGAGUCUAGGAACAACUCGGCUGAAAUUUCAGAUGACCCUAUGGCACCUUUAAUACUAUCAAAUGCUGCUUCUUCAGAUGAUUUAGAAAACUUAGAUGAUUUUAAAGAUGCUAUUGAUGAAACUAUUGUAACCUUUUUCUCAGAUAUGCCUGUGAAUUUCUCUCAUGUUGAUACCAGUGAGGAGGACAGUAUUUUAGUCAACCCUUUCUUAGAAGCUUGUAACAAUUUAGUUCCUAUUUUUGACAAAUUAAAUAGCACAGCAUUUUCCCCAGUCAAAAUGGAUUUUUGUGGCAAUAUCAGGAAAAUUCGCCAGAAACAACUGAGCAACCCUGAGCAGUUCCCAACCCUUGAGUCAAUGGUUUUAAAUGAAUUACAGAAUGGUCAGCACACACAUUCAAACUCUGCCACAUCAGCACUGCUAUGGUUAAAAAGGAGUUUAGAAUUUAUCAGAGAGUUUCUAAGAGAAUGUAGCUCUGGAAGUACUGACAUGGAUGUCUGUGCCAGCAACGCUUACUCACGCACACUCAAAAACUAUCAUGGAUGGGUCGUCAGAGGUGUUUUUGCAGUGGCAGUGAAAGCCCUCCCCUACAGAGAGACCUUUAUAUGUCACUUGGCUGUGGGAGACAAAGUGGAUCCCACCAGUCGACAGUUUGAACAUGCCCUACUCUCUGACAUUGAAGUCUUUGUACAACAUUUAGACAGGGUCCUUAUAGCCAUCAACAAGUUUUAUUUCAAGCAUUCCCUUGAUUCAUCAGAAACUGUCUAAUCUAUUGCAUUCACACAAUCAUAUAUUUCCUACUCCAUUUAACAUCAAAGAUAUGAUUGCCACAGCACUCAGAACAGAACUUAGAACAUUUUUAAUACUUUCAUAUAUUCCUAUAUUUUUAAUGGCUAAAACACUGACAAAACUGUAAAUAUAUUAUCAUAAAUUUUUCAUCUAUAUAGAUUUACAAAAUCUAUAGAAUCAGUAGCCAUUCCAUUACUGUUUUAUUGGCUACUGCUAAUCAAGCUACUUAAAGAUUAUUCCCAUGUAUUUAACUAUAAAUCUUAAAGCUUUAUUCUACUUCCUCCCUAAAGAAUGACCAUAACCUUCACUGCCUUCCAUUCAAUGUAAGUCCAAGUUUUGGAAAAUUGUAAGAUAAAAUUUGGCCAAAUCAAGUUUUGUUUCUGUGAAUUUUGAUCACUUGAAUUAUGCCAUAAUAGGUUUGGUAUUGGAUUAUACUAGUAGAAUAUAGUAGCUCUAGGUGGGUUUAUUUGGUUCUUCUGGAUUUAAAAAAAAAAUUAUUAUUUCAUAAAUUGGCUUUUCCUUGAUUUCAUAGAAUGUUGUACAUAGGUAGAAUAUGAAUUAUAGUAUCUGUGUUAUAACUUUAGUGGGAGCUUGCCGUUUUCCUCUCUAAAACUUUGUAACAUUUCAUUCCUUUUUUUGUCUUGCUUUUAUGUGAACUAACACGAUAACUUAUUUCUCUUGUAAAAGAAAUCAAUAGUAAUAUGAAUAUUAUCUGUUGGUUUUUGGCUUUACUUUAGUAGACAAUAUUUCUUCAGUCAACUAGCAAUUUAUACCAAUCAGUUUCAAAGAAUUAAUUUGUGUAUAGCUGUUAUUUUUUUGUUUGGCUUUGUUGUUUUUUAAAUUUUUACUAUUGUAAAACUAUAAAUAGUAGUUUGAACAGGUUUAGCUAUAGUUUAAAAUAUUUGUUUGUAAGUGCAUUCAAAAACAAUUUUUACAGGUUUUUUGAAAAUUUUGAAUUUCUGUCAAAUUAAUUUAUUCACAUUUAAACAUAGUUUAUAAAAAAAUCUGGGCAGUAAAAAUUGAGUUUAGUAUUAUUCCACUUCAGUAUUACACCUUACAAAAAGUCUCUAAACUUACAUGACUGUUACAGAAGUAAACUUCCUAUUAGUAUUAUGAACAAAUAUGAGAAGCAAAUACUACAUGAGAACCUUCAAAUUAAAAAAAAAGUUGUUCUUUCUUUUGUCUAUAGGAUAUUUAUUUUUAAAAACUAGCUUUAGUUUUAUUAGUUAUAGGUUUGCUUGGCAGGGCCUGACAUUUUUACAGCUUGUUGGGCUGUGACAGCAAUAAGCAAUCAAAUAUUUAAUGAUGCUGCCAAAAGUGCAAUACAUUUAAGUUGAUGCCAUAUCUAGUGGGUUUGCUUUUAUUUUAAAAUAUAACUGCUGGUUCAUUUUAUCUUUUUAAAAAAGAUAUUUUAAAUAGAAGUAAAAAAAAUGUGUUUUGGAUUAUAUUACACUAUUGUACCAAAGCAGAGUACAUAAUUAUCUUUUAGAUGUUUUUCUAUCUUAAUUUUCUUUAGAUUAUAUAACCAUAAUUUUAUGUGAACAUCAGUUAAGUACACAGGGUAUAAAGCAUUGUUAGUUGACUUCAUCCUAAAUUACCUAAUGUUCAAUUAUUGUCCCCAUUAACUUGAUGUUAUUUUUGUAGAACAGUAGAAAAUGUAUUUUGUAAAAAAAAAACCUUUUUAAACAGCUUGUUUAUGUUACUUUUCAAAUGCCUACAUUAUAUUAUACAAGUUGACUCCAUCAAUUCAUGCGUACAUUAUAGUGUAAAGGUUGACUCUAUCAAUUCAUGCCUGCAUUAUAGUGUCUAUAAGUUGGCUCCAUCUAUUCAUUAUUGUGUACAAGUUGGCUCCAUCAAUUCAUGUGUACAUUAUAGUGUACAAGUUGGCACCAUCUAUUCAUUAUUGUGUACAAUUUGGCUCCAUCAAUUCAUUAUAAUGUACAAGUUGGCUCCAUUCAUUCAUUAUUGUGUACAAGUUGGCUCCAUCAAUUCAUGUGUACAUUAUAGUGUACAAGUUGGCACCAUCUAUUCAUUAUUGUGUACAAGUUGGCUCCAUCAAUUCAUUAUAAUGUACAAGUUGGCUCCAUCCAUUCAUUAUUGUGUACAAGUUGGCUUGACGAAUUUAAACAUAUCAUUCCAGCUCCUCUUUGUGGAGAAGUUGUUUUACUCAACAUUUUGAACAAUAAAAAACUGUGUGAGACACAUGACUAUACCUGCUCAACACUGUCUACUUACAAUGGUGAUGCAACACUUCAAUCAUAUUUAUAACAUUCAUGAAUGACAAAAAAUACCCUUUAAUAUCAAAUAGACUUUCUUAUAUUGUAAAGAUAAUGUAUUUUUUGUACAUAUUUUUAAAACCUGACUUGGGUCAGCCAUGUGGUCAUCAUAAUAUAGAUGUGAUAUUUGUUAAUAAACUAUUGUAUGCAGAUUGGUGAAAUGCAUAAUGUGAAAUGAGGGAAAUAAAUAGGUCUUUGUUUUAUGUUGUUUCAAUGUGUUUAUAUUA